AUGCGGGUGGCAGUGAUUGGAGCUGGAGUCAUUGGCCUCUCCACAGCUCAGAGCAUCUAUGAGCAGUUUCACUCCAAAGUCAGCCCACUGACCAUCGAGGUGUACGCAGAUUGCUUCACUCCGCUGACCACCAGCGAUGGAGCCGCUGGUCUCUGGCAGCCGUACCUCCACGAUAAGGGCAACGUCCAGGAAACGAAAUGGAAUAAGGAGACGUUCGACUACUUGCUCAAGUGGCUCAGCUCACCAGAGUCUAUAAAAAUGGGUUUAUUCCUUCAGUCGGGCUACAACAUCUGCACCGAUCCAAUGCCAGACCCUUCAUUUAAAGACAUCGUCCUGGGCUUCAGACAGCUCACAGAGCGAGAGCUUCAGAUGUUUCCAGGAUACACGCAUGGCUGGUUCAACACAGCCCUAAUGGUGGAAGGUAAAUCAUACUUACCCUGGCUGAUGGACUGGUUGAAAGAAAGGGGGGUGAAAUUUUAUCAGAAGAAAAUUGAGUCAUUUCAAAAGCUGUCCGAAGCUGGGGCAGAUGUGAUAAUAAACUGCACCGGGGUCAGAUCAGGAGAGCUGCAGCCAGACCCGGACCUUAAACCGGGUCGCGGUCAGAUACUAAAGGUGGAUGCCCCCUGGCUGAAGCACUGGAUUAUUACCCAUAGCCUUAAAGAUGGAGUCUACAAUUCCCCGUAUAUCAUUCCAGGGAGUCGUCUUGUGACAGUCGGAGGCGUCUUCCAGGUGGGAAACUGGAGCCAACAAAACAACUCCAUCGACCACAAACACAUCUGGGAAGCAGCUUGUGAGCUUGAGCCGAGCCUCAAGCAUGCCAGCAUAGUGGAGGACUGGUCUGGUCUCAGACCUGCUCGCAGCAAAGUCCGACUGGAGCGGGAGACCAUAGAGUCCGGUCCAUCUGCAAUAGAGGUGAUACACAACUACGGCCACGGAGGCUUCGGGCUCACCAUCCACCGAGGCUGCGCUGAGGAGGCAGCGAGGCUCUUUGGUCAGAUCGUGGAAGAACAGGGAAAACGUCCCAAAGCUCGCCUGUAGUUCUGUGUCCAGUAAGCUAAGCUAAGAUAAGAUAAGAUAAGUAAGAUAAGAUAUAAUUUUAUUGAUCC